GACGCUCGCAGGACGGUUCCGCCCUCCGAACGUUCCCCCUUCUUCUCUUCGGACCGUUAACCUCGAAUGAGGAACAAGCCGGGAGGGAAGGGAGGGGCUGCGGCGGCGUGGGCAGAGCCCGCCAGGCCCGGGGCCGGGAGCGGCGAGGUCACGUAACGGCUACCCUGGCGUCUGGCCGGGGAGGGGGCGCCCUCCCCGGCAGCCUGAGCCCUCCUGCGGGUGCUGCGGCUCCGAAACAGUUACCAGCUCGUAAACAACAGCUGCGCGCGCACCCCGCAUCAGCUGGCGCCGGGAUCCCGCACCUGCGACCUCCUCUUUCUCUCAUCCGCACCGCCCCCUCCUGAUCAGUCAGGGCCAGCCUGCGAGGCCGUCUUCUCAUCUGCUAGGAACCAAAGGAAGAACGGCAAGGAUCUGACCUGCGCCAGAGACCUGGGUAGGGGAGAAAGCGACUCCCGGCAAAGGGGUGUCUGGACCUGUCACACGCAGGAGAAACCCAGCGAGCAGACGUGGGCUCGACGGACUAGCAACGACCUGCCACGACCCUGAGGUGCAGUCCGAGGUGUCUCGAUCCGCUAUCCGCCUCCUCCCAGUUCCCAGGGACCUUUCUGCCAGAAGAGCGGGCGGGCGGGCCACCCCCGUAACCUCUUGGAGGCAGGAAUCUGCUCUGCCCUGCAUCCUCUGCUCGCUCUUGUCUCCUUAUUCUCCGUCCAGCUGUGUGGGAUAUUUUUCCCGUUAUGCAUGCAUACCUCUCCCACCAGAUCCAAGUGGAUUGUCGGCCUCAAAAACCUCGGGUGGCUCUACACACACCUCCUCCCAGCCAGACCUGUGGGGUAUUCACCUGAUGUACAACAGGUGGCCGGGUGUACACCGUUUUGCAAUCUGACCUAUGCUAUAUUUUCAUGGUAAGGGUGGGCCUGCGCGCACUUUGCUCAACUAGAACCGUGGGACAUUUACCAGAUAAAGGACUAACUACCUCAGCCGAAACCUGGGGGUCGAGAAGAGAAAAGCUUCACUUGCUUCUCUAAGACCAUGUCGCUGCAUGGACCAGGAGGGAGAGCUAAAUAGCUCUCCAUUCUAAAGGAACGAAGUUACAGGAGAUAGGCAUCGUUUUGUCUUUUUUUUUUUCCUUAAAUAUUUUUCAGCUACUGAUAGUGCACUUCCUAGGACAGUCUGCUUGAAUUCUGAAUAUCAGGAUUCUUAAUUGAGGCUUUGUGUGUGCUAUAAAUCAAGGUAAUUGAGGGUUGUUGUUUUUUUUUUUAAAGAUUUUUGUGAUUAAAGCAGCUAGCGUAGGAGGAAGGAUUUUGCGGGAUUUUCCUUUUUUCUUUGCCCUUAUAAAGGAAAAGAAAAAGAAAAAUGCAUCCUCCAGAAACCACCACCAAGAUGGCUUCAGUUCGGUUCAUGGUGACACCAACAAAGAUCGAUGAUAUUCCAGGUUUGUCAGACACCAGCCCGGACCUCAGCUCCCGAUCUAGUUCCCGAGUAAGAUUUAGCUCCCGGGAAAGUGUGCCUGAAACAAGCCGUAGCGAGCCUAUGAGUGAGAUGUCUGGAGCCACCACUUCACUGGCAACUGUUGCACUGGAUCCAGCCAGUGACCGGACUUCUAACCCCCAGGAUGUUACUGAGGACCCAAGUCAGAACUCCAUCACAGGGGAACACAGCCAGCUGUUAGAUGAUGGGCAUAAGAAAGCUCGAAAUGCUUAUCUCAAUAAUUCCAAUUAUGAAGAAGGAGAUGAAUAUUUUGAUAAAAACUUGGCACUCUUUGAGGAAGAAAUGGACACCAGACCAAAGGUGUCUUCUCUCCUCAACCGCAUGGCCAAUUACACUAAUCUGACCCAAGGAGCAAAGGAACAUGAAGAAGCAGAGAAUAUCACUGAAGGGAAAAAGAAGCCCACCAAGACACCCCAGAUGGGUACCUUCAUGGGCGUCUACCUCCCGUGUCUACAGAAUAUUUUUGGAGUGAUACUAUUUCUACGCCUUACCUGGGUAGUGGGCACAGCUGGAGUUCUUCAAGCCUUUGCAAUUGUUCUUAUCUGCUGCUGCUGUACAAUGUUGACUGCUAUCUCCAUGAGUGCCAUUGCAACUAAUGGAGUGGUGCCAGCUGGGGGCUCAUACUUCAUGAUUUCCAGGGCACUGGGCCCAGAGUUUGGUGGGGCUGUUGGCCUCUGCUUUUAUCUUGGUACCACAUUUGCAGCAGCCAUGUAUAUCCUUGGUGCCAUUGAAAUUUUUCUGAUAUAUAUUGUCCCCCGGGCUGCCAUCUUUCGUAGUGAUGAUGCACUCAAGGAAUCAGCAGCCAUGCUAAAUAACAUGCGUGUCUAUGGCACAGCCUUCCUGGUCCUCAUGGUUUUGGUGGUAUUCAUCGGCGUACGCUAUGUGAACAAGUUUGCCUCACUUUUUCUGGCCUGUGUCAUUGUGUCCAUCUUGGCCAUCUAUGCUGGAGCCAUCAAGUCGUCUUUUGCCCCUCCACACUUCCCUGUCUGCAUGCUGGGUAACCGGACUCUUUCAUCAAGACACAUUGACGUUUGCUCUAAGACCAAGGAAAUGAACAACAUGACAGUACCAUCAAAGUUAUGGGGCUUCUUCUGUAACUCAAGUCAGUUUUUCAAUGUCAUUACAGAGAAUCUUUGGAGUAAUUAUCUACCAAAGGGAGAGAUCAUCGAAAAGCCUUCAGCCAAGUCUUCUGAUGUUUUAGGGAGUUUAAACCAUGAGUAUGUCCUUGUUGACAUCACCACCUCCUUCACUCUUCUUGUGGGAAUCUUCUUUCCCUCUGUGACAGGUAUCAUGGCUGGAUCAAACAGGUCUGGAGACCUGAAAGAUGCUCAAAAGUCUAUUCCCAUUGGCACUAUCCUUGCCAUACUGACCACUUCCUUUGUCUAUUUAAGCAAUGUUGUACUUUUUGGCGCAUGUAUUGAAGGCGUUGUUCUCAGAGACAAGUUUGGGGAUGCUGUGAAAGGUAAUCUGGUGGUAGGUACCUUAUCUUGGCCAUCCCCGUGGGUGAUUGUUAUUGGCUCCUUCUUCUCAACCUGUGGGGCUGGACUUCAGAGUCUCACAGGUGCACCAAGGCUGCUACAAGCUAUAGCCAAGGAUAACAUCAUACCCUUUCUGAGGGUUUUUGGUCACAGCAAAGCCAAUGGGGAACCUACUUGGGCUUUACUUCUGACUGCUGCCAUUGCAGAGCUGGGAAUCCUUAUUGCCUCACUGGAUCUUGUGGCCCCAAUUCUUUCCAUGUUUUUUCUCAUGUGUUACCUCUUUGUGAACUUGGCAUGUGCCUUGCAAACAUUACUUCGAACACCCAACUGGAGACCCCGAUUCCGCUACUACCACUGGGCCCUCUCUUUCAUGGGAAUGAGUAUCUGUCUGGCUCUUAUGUUCAUUUCUUCCUGGUAUUAUGCCAUCGUAGCUAUGGUAAUAGCUGGUAUGAUCUACAAGUACAUUGAGUACCAAGGAGCUGAGAAAGAAUGGGGUGAUGGUAUCCGUGGACUGUCCCUCAGUGCAGCCCGAUUUGCUUUGCUCCGGCUAGAGGAAGGACCUCCACACACUAAAAACUGGAGGCCUCAGUUGCUUGUAUUGAUGAAACUAGAUGAAGACUUACACAUCAAGCAUCCUCGCCUCCUCACCUUUGCUUCACAGCUUAAAGCAGGAAAGGGUCUCACUAUUGUGGGCUCAGUCAUUGUGGGGAAUUUCCUGGAGAACUAUGGUGAAGCUUUAGCUGCUGAGCAGACUAUAAAGCACCUAAUGGAGGCAGAGAAGGUGAAAGGGUUCUGCCAGCUAGUGGUGGCUGCCAAGUUGAAAGAAGGUAUCUCCCACCUCAUCCAGUCAUGCGGCCUUGGGGGCAUGAAGCACAACACAGUGGUGAUGGGAUGGCCUAAUGGCUGGCGCCAGAGUGAAGAUGCUCGAGCUUGGAAGACUUUCAUUGGAACAGUUCGAGUGACAACUGCUGCCCAUCUGGCCCUGCUGGUGGCUAAAAACAUCUCCUUCUUUCCCAGCAAUGUGGAACAGUUUUCUGAGGGCAACAUUGAUGUGUGGUGGAUUGUGCAUGAUGGAGGGAUGCUCAUGCUGUUACCAUUUCUACUUAAACAGCACAAGGUGUGGCGAAAAUGCAGCAUACGGAUCUUCACAGUAGCCCAACUAGAGGACAACAGUAUUCAGAUGAAGAAGGACCUGGCUACCUUCCUGUAUCACCUGCGCAUUGAAGCGGAGGUGGAAGUGGUGGAGAUGCAUGACAGUGACAUAUCAGCUUAUACUUAUGAACGCACUCUGAUGAUGGAACAAAGGUCUCAGAUGCUCCGGCACAUGCGGCUAUCCAAAACAGAGCGGGACAGAGAGGCACAGUUGGUGAAAGACCGAAACUCAAUGCUACGAUUGACCAGCAUUGGCUCUGAUGAGGAUGAAGAGACAGAAACCUAUCAGGAGAAAGUGCACAUGACUUGGACAAAAGACAAGUACAUGGCAUCCCGGGGGCAAAAGGCUAAGUCAAUGGAAGGAUUUCAGGACCUGCUUAAUAUGCGUCCGGACCAGUCCAAUGUGAGGCGGAUGCAUACAGCAGUGAAGCUCAAUGAGGUCAUAGUUAACAAGUCCCAUGAAGCAAAGCUGGUUUUAUUGAAUAUGCCAGGGCCACCCCGAAACCCUGAGGGUGAUGAAAACUACAUGGAAUUCCUAGAAGUGCUCACCGAGGGACUAGAGCGAGUCCUUCUUGUCCGAGGUGGUGGCAGUGAAGUGAUCACCAUUUAUUCAUAAUCUAGUUCUGAAUGACCCUGCUUGGCUUCAUCUUUCCUAAAUGGCUCCAUCCUCCAUGAAAAUGACAGCUCUUUAGUACCACUCCCACCAACUAGAGGCCCGUGUUCUGUACACAUCACACUGAACUCCUGAUGAGCUGAGCUUCAAGUACCUGUGCAAAAAAGUACAAAUAGAUCUGCUCUUUUUUCCUAUAUGAUUUUCUGUCCUUACAGAAGAAGCGAAUGUUCCCUCAACAUAACAGUGGUCAAGUCCUAAAGCCAUGUCUGAACCAGUUGAAGGCAAGUUAGAAUUAACAAGCUAAACCAAUAAAAUGAAUGGGCAGAAGGAUGCUACAAAUUCAUCUAAAGACAAAAAGCAAGUACAUAUCUAACAUUAAAGAUGAGUCCCAGAAGUCAUGGUUCAUUUUUUGAGACCAUGAGGUAACAAAGAAACGGCCUCAUCAUACUAAGGAAUUCGUGACCAACUAAAUGAAGACCUAACAUCCUGGUGAAAAUAACCUGUGGCAAGCCAAGAUGAAUUAUCAAGAGAUAAUUCUCUUGAGUGUAUCCACUACUCUUCAGGACUCUUAAUUUUAUAUUAGAGUACUAUUAUACAAAAACUGAAGCAUGGUUGCAGUCUCUACUACUUCCUCCAAAUCAAGAUUUCCCCAAAAAUGCCAGAUUUAAGUACACAUAGUACAUUGGUAUGUAUUUCAGUUGUUUCUCAAAACCCACUCUGUGGUUAAGACUGAAAUAUAGGAAGUGUUACCAUGGAAAUUGUUUUUAAAAGGUGGAGUAAAAAAAAAUUUUCAGAUUCUUUUCAAAUGGCCAAACUAAGGAAACUCCAAAAGGCAGCUAUUAAGAUUUACUGAAAUAUAGUCUGGUUACAUACAUCACAUGGGCAAAACUUACAAGCUGUUAUCUAGGAAAUGCACAUUGGUGAUGCACAUUGACCAGAAGGUUCACCUUUCCUUCUCCCUUUUAUGCCCUCUGGGUUAGUAGGCACAGGUCAAAAAUCAGAGGAAGACUGGCUAAAAUCCUUCCUUGAAAGCUUUCUACUAUCUUUUAAAGAGGGAUUCAGCGAUGGAAUUUGAAGUUCUAGAGCCAUAUUCCUUCCAUAGUGCCAAAGUUAUUGCGCUGCUGCUACUCUGCUUACCUUCUUCAGUGAAGUGGUGUACAAUUGGCAUUGGCUUGAUUCAAGAAACUUUUUUAAGAAACCUGUGGACUCAUUUCUAAAGCCAUAGUGAAGACUUGAGGCACUCACCUAAAUGCCGAGUAUGACCAUUUUCCUUUCUCCUUUCAAUUCUUCAUUCUGACCGCAGAAACUUGGCUUUAAACCAAGAAAUUAUCCAAGUCAACAGCCUUCUACUAUUUGUUUUGUUUUAGCUCUGUGUCAAGGAAAUAUUUGUGCAAGCUUAGCUUUUUAUUUGCUUAUUGACUGACCACAAAGCACCUGGCUUUCAAGCAUAGAGAAAUUACCCUGUGACUUAAGAGAUUGCAGAUAUGUGAAAUUACUUUUCAGGUUAGGUUAUUUAGAGAUACUAUCUUGCCUGUGUUCAUACCUGCUUUUGAAUUUCAAUUAAUGAUUAAUAGUGCCACUUUUUUGAUUACUCAAUAAGAAAUGGAGCAAGCUGACCUAGGUGCCAGCUGACUAUUUUCUCUGGAGAGAAAACCCUUCAGUAUGGCUUAAGAAAUUGAGUCGUUUCAAGUUAUUCCCUUUUGCUCUUCUUUCAACCUCCAGGCCGAGUCAGGGUAGCAAAGCAGACAGAAUCUUUAUGUCUUUUAUUCUGCUCCUUCCUGCAGAGGGUAGAAGCAUCGUUUACAAUUUCCAUUGCAACACUCUAUUGCUUAGUUGAAUCCAGCAAUAAUGGGACAGGUCAACCAAGACCCAAGAUAUUGAAGAUCCAUGCUCUAAAGGUCAGCCUACCCAGGAAUUCCUCUAUAUAUACACAUACCCUCUGGGCAAAGUGAUAUUUAUAUAUAUUUUUUCCAGAUAGAAAAAAUACGGGCAGAAAUUAAGGUUAGUUUUAAGAGUUUUUGUUUGUGUGGUUGGAACUCCAAAAGAAUCUUUUAAAGGGAUAAGGGAAUUCGUGGCUAUUAAUAUAGGCACUAAUUCAACCCCUACAACACAAAAUCACUGUUACAUGGGAAAAUGGUUAUUAGGCCAGAUUUAAACUCAUCUCUGUCUAGAGCAUUUCAUGUCUAUGUGUUGCUUAUGUUGUUUGUCUGCAAAGUGUUUUGUCUCUUUUAAUCACUGCAAAUAAAGCAAUACCGAAAACUUGAUAAGAAUGCACCUUAGGGGAAGGGGUUUUGUGUUUUAAGAAGUAAGAGAAAGGAAGGACUUCUUCCUGGCUUUGAAUAAGAUCCAGCUUUUAAGUCUUAGCUAUGACUACCAGGGCAGGAUAUGAUAACAUACAUUCUCCAAUUGCUGGCCCUCUGCCUUCUAUUGCUAUCUUAAAAGCUGAAGUUUGAACUGCAGCAUUUGCUUGAAAGGUACCAGGUUCCUCUUGGCAGGGGAAAGAUCACUACUUUGUAUCUUCCAUUGCCUCGGAUUCCUGUGGCCCCAACAAUUCCUCCAAUCCUCAUUCCCCCAAACAUGUUAAAAAUCCAUUAUUGUGGAUAUUAAAGUAGCAAUUACACUGUAAACAUAUUUAUGUGCACUUUUUGUCUGGUUUAAUUUUCUUUUCAUCAUGUAUAAUCAGAAUCCAGCAUUAGUUUCUCACAUCUUCCACAAGUGUCUCCAACAAAAUUUUUGUCCCAGCUUGUGUUAAUUAGAACAUUAAGGAUAAUAGAUUUAAGGGAAACUUGUAAAACUUUUUUUAAGCAUUGUUCUUGACCAUUUAAUUUAUUAAAAGGAGAUGCUGCUGUGGUUCUUGAUUUAGCAGCAACCAUUCUUUUGUUUACAUAGAGUUAUGAUUUUAUUUGUUGUUUUGCUGUAUACUGGAAACAUAAAUAAAGUUUUCUACAUUAUUUUCAGUCAAA